AAUUACUAAUUAACAGCAUACUUACCAAAAGAUUCAUCUUUUUCUCACCAUUCUUUCACAUCAUUAAGAAUAAAACAUAUAUUGUCUUAAAUUGAAUAUUCUACAAAAAUUUAUGUGUAGAAGAAGCUUCCAUCCCACACCAAAAAAAAAAAAAAAGAAUUGUUAGUGUAUUAUAUAGAGCAGUGACUUUUGCAUACAAAAACUGGUAAGUACAAUAAAGUAUGAUAUAACAAGAUAUUCUUCUACAAAGUCAAAAAUGGAGAAUUACAACUUCCUCCAUGUGUCUCUUCACUGACCUUUUUCUUCCACAGUAAUCCUUUUAAUCACAAAACACUGACUUAUAAGAACCUGUGUUGAAACUGCUGAUUGAGUAAAUUGCCAUAUUUGAACUUAUACCAAUCCAGUGAUCCACUUGUUUGAUCAUGGCUUCUUUGAGUAUGCCUUCUGUUUCAGAACAGAGCAGAGAUGAUAACAACAACAAGAACAAUAGCAUAAGCAACAAGUUUUUGCUUCCAAGAAACCCUUACCCUACAAAUAAGGAGUUAUUGAGAACUAUUGCAUACUUGAGAAAUGCUACAUUAGUAUUUUAUGAGCCUGAUAGAAUGUUGCCUUAUAACAAGGCCUAUAAUCAUGAUGAGGAUGAUGAUGAUGAAGAGGGGGUCACAGAAGAUGAUGAGGAACACAAUUUUCUGCAUAAUGAUGAAAAGAGAAAACAAGAACUUGACAAGUCAAUGCAAAAACCUAAUAAGAACUCUGGCUACAACUUAACUAGAAAGCAGUGCCUUUAACUUGAAAUACAUUGAGUAACAUUUUCAGUAGAUCUUUCAAAAUGAACAGACAAAAAAGGAAUGUGAUGUAUCUUCUUCUUCCACCUCCCAUGUGGUGGUAAACCUAAAAGACACAAGCCGGAUUUCGGAUCGCGGCCAAGGCUUAACCAAAAAGGUUCAACAAACUGAUUCUACAAGAAAAACAUUCAUGCAAUUCUGUUCAGCAGAGAUAAUUUGUCCACCAGAACACCGAGCCGCCUUGGCAGUGAAGUUGCUUGGAGUACAAGAAACAACUCAAAGGUACCACUGAGCUUGUUUCAAGCAUCUACAAGGUUCUUACCUGCGACAAUAUGGACAGGAAUGUUCAUAGUGAGCUUUGCAUACACAGUGAUGGUGGCUUGGUCUUUGGGAUUUAGAGUGCCUAUUAUCUCAAUGUUAUGUCUCUCAUUGCUGUAUUCUUUGUCUGUGUUGGUGGCUGCAGCAUCAGGGUCUAGUGUUAUAUGUGGCACAUUUAGAAUUCAUGGUACCUUGUUUACAUGUUUAAGUGUUCUUGGUUUUGUUAUGAUUCUUGUUGGUUUGGUUAUGCUGGUUCUUUUUUAUUCCUGGCUGUAUAAAAAAGUAGAAGUAGCUGAGUAACUCUAAUGCUAUGCAUUGCAUUAUGGUUUCUGAUUAUUUGUUAAUGUACUUUUAUUAUGGUUUUUGAUUAUUUGUGUAACUCCGCCUAUGUUACACUUGCGGUACAUAUCCGGUCCCAAGACCGGAUAAAGGAGGAGGGUUGUGUUAGGUCUUCGACAACCAACAUAAAAAUUUAGCCGAAUCCCAUGACAGUUUUCACCACAUUGUAAGGAAGCUGUUCUGUAUGCUAGAUAUAAUACAGGGGCCAAUUAUCAGAAAUAGAUACCUUUGAUUAAUUGGGUGACAAAGUACUUAAUUUAGACCUUUAUUUUGUAUGUUGUCAUCAUGUUCACUUUUUUUUUUCUUUCUAAUUUUUGGCUUUAGCUUUUGUUUUUUUCGGCCUGAAAUUCUGCAUGACAGCCUAGUCCAGUGAUAUUGAUUGUUACAUUAAUUAGAUUAAGCUAUUAAAAAUAAAAAAUUGUACUCAAAACCAUUGUGCUAUAUAUGAACUGGAACACCAAACUGAGAAAUGCAAAUCAUAAUCAUAUAAUAAGGUCAACGGCUCAUAUAUUCUGUUGGUUUGUUUAUCAUCUUAAUCCUGCAUGUAUGUAUGUCUUCCAUUAUUAACUAUUGAUUAGUUGCCAAAUAUGCAAUUAUGUUUAACUAAUUGCAACAGUUAUGUACCUAAAGUAAACAUUUCUUUUUAGUUAUGUACCUAAAGUUUUUUUUUUUUGUUCUAAAGAAUUUUGAAGUUGAGUGAGAAAAGUUGCUACUUUAAUAAAAUUAUCAAGUGGGACAAAUUGAGAAUAAGGUGAAAAACUUAGCAAGAGACUUUGCUAUGCAAUUCACGUGGGUUGAUGUCAUUAUAACUCCCACAACUGCUACAAUUAUUGCAACCCUCCACACAUACAAACAACCAUACACUACUAUUUUAAUCAAAAACCAAAACCAAUUUGGUUUAUUAAACAAGAUAAAUACUUCAAUGAUGAUGUCUUCACACUUUUAGAUAGAUUAACAUAUUUGACUGAACCAUAUAUGAUCGCGAAAUUUUAUACUACUACCACUACGGAAAAAUCAAUUACUAUAGUUUCCGUAUCACGUUCGUAGUUGACAUCAAAGUUGGCAGCAUUAUAGCAAUUAUUAUGUAGUAACAAAAAAUAACAUAACACAACGCAAUAAUUUCCAAAUUUUCAAAUAUCUCUACAAGUUUCAUUUUCAAUCAAUCAUCUUCAAUAAUAAUAGGAUACGUACAUACACAAUAUAGUUUACAAAAAUUAUUACCAGACCCACACACUUUUUCACUUUCACUCGCUUGUCAACUCAGUAACUCCCCUCCGAUUCGAACCCGGGGACGACUCGGUGGUCGCCGAUAGUAACUAAUUCUCUCCCACCCUUGUUUGCCAUCUCCACAGCAUUCCCCGGAGCAUCUUCAAUAAAUUUUACUUACAAUGUCAAUGUUCGAAUCCCUGAACUUCGUGUGGUACGGUCUAUAAUAAUAGUAGUACUUUACCAAAUUACUACUACUAGCUCCAAAUUCCCGUGACC